AUGACCUUGGCCACAAAUCUAAGCUUAUUUGAUCAAUUUUCAAUCCCUAAACUCCUAGGAAUCCCCAUACUAAUCCCCGCCAUAUUAAUAACAAGCAUGUUAUUAUAUAACCCAGAAGACCGAUGAUUGUCUAACCCAACAACAACCAUCCAAUCCUGAUUAAUUGCAAAAACAACUAAACAAAUUAUAGCCCCAGUGAAUCAACCAGGACACAAAUGAUCCCUAAUAUUGAUUUCGCUACUAACCUUUCUUCUUAUCAAUAACCUCCUAGGACUACUCCCAUAUACUUUUACACCAACAACGCAACUAUCUAUAAACCUAGCCUUAGCCCUACCCUUAUGAAUGGCAACAGUAUUAAUUGGGUUACGAAAUAAACCAACCGCCUCCUUAGCUCACCUACUUCCAGAAGGAACUCCAACACCCCUAAUUCCAAUCUUAAUUUUAAUUGAGUCCAUUAGUCUAUUAAUCCGACCAAUCGCUCUUGCCGUACGACUAACAGCCAACCUAACCGCCGGACACCUUUUAAUUCACCUAAUUGCCGCCACAGCGCUGAACCUACUAAUAACAUCCAUACUACUAGCUGCACUGACCCUAACUAUUUUAACACUACUAACGCUACUAGAAAUUGCAGUAGCAAUUAUUCAAGCCUAUGUUUUUACCCUACUCCUCUCCCUCUACCUACAAGAAAAUGUAUA